CAGACGGAAAGCUCUUUCUCCUCUCCUCUCUUCUUCGCCAAAAAAAACCUAAUUUCUGAAUUAAACCACAGAAGCAAUCGAAGGUCGUUUAAUCGAUUGAUUAAGUAAUUCAAUCGGAGAUAGCAAUGGCAGGAAACAGCGGCAGGCAGAAGAAACAGUCGUCAUUCUCGCUGUUCGGCAUGUUUCGCGGCGGCAGAAAUCGAGGCAGCAAGGGCGGCCGGCGGUCGAUAGAGGAGGAGCAGGAGUACAGCGUGAAGGCGUACAAGGUGUAUCCGAGCGACGAAGACAGAGGUCGGUGGGUAGCGGAGCCAGGAAUCGAUAAUAAGGCAUCGGCUUACAUCACUCACACCACUCACAAGUGGGAAAAUAUCUACGACACUUAAACAAACUGAUUAUUGCUAUUACUUUAAUUAAUUAAGCUUCGAUUCAUCACUAUUCAUUCGGUUCGUGUAUCGAUUAAUUUCUGCAUAUAUGGGUUGAUUAGCUUAGCUUAGCUUAGUUUGUUUGCUGCGUUAAUUUGAAUUUGGUUGGUCCGAUCGUAGAUCUCCAUGGAUGUUGUUGUUGUUGUUGUUCAUUGCUCUCUAGCUAGAUUAGUUUCUUCCUUGUAUUAUAUACAAUAACACACAUAUAUAUACAUGUAUUGGUUCUUUGAUUAUUGCUCUAUAUUGUAAUAUGCAUUUGUUAUUUCUUGUUUG